CCAUCCCCUUUCCUCGUUUACCUGUGAUACACAAUCCACAAAGCCUGAACGAGCUCUAGGUUUCGACCGGUCCUUUACAACAGAAAGGAAGUAAUUUAGCUUUUCGUAUAAUUUGUGAAACCAUCGUAGCUUAAAAAUCCAUAAAAGUGCUGCUGAAUUAGUGGAUAGUAUAGGCUGUACAGCGGCGUACUAAGUUUUAGCGAAGUCUUUAUACUUCUUUUCACAACCAUUAGGUGUGCAAGCUAUGAACAAAGAAGACUACCCCAGCGACAGUGAUGCUAGUGAUGAAGAUUUCCGUCCAGACAAAGAAGAGCCAGAGACCGGAAGUGAACUAGAGUCGAACGACGAAGAACCUGAGGAUUCCACCGAGCAAGCCAUAGGCACAUUUUCUGCAUCAAACGGUGGUAAGAAGCGCAAGCGAAUAACAAAUAGCGACGGUGUAAAACGAACAAGCGGAUCGAAUAAACGGACUAAAGCUCAGGAGAAAGCUCAACAGUCCGAUGAAGAGAAGGACGCCAAAGUGGACGAGGAAGAAGAAAAGCGAAGAACAGAUGCACUGUGGGCGGAUUUUCUCGGGGGAGGUAGUAGCAAAAGCACCGGCAAUACAGAAAAAUUAAACAGCUCCACUUCUGCACGGAACAGUAAAGCGAAGGAUGCGGUAAAAAAAACAGUGUCAGAAAUAAAAUCAGCACCCGCGCCCAAAGUGGUUGAAAAGGAAAAACCGACGGUAGCGCAACUGUUUGAAUUUGCCGGCGAACAGAUUGUGCUGACGGAACAGGAUGAUAGCGGCAUCGCUAAUAACACCCAGAAUGAAAAAGCGACAGCUUUGUCCACCGUAUCGAAAACAUUGACACCAAAAAAUGUUGCCACACGCGGUGGCUUAGGGUCAGUAUUAGAUCAAAUCAAUAAGAAAACCAAACUAAACACACUGGAGAAAACGAAGCUUGACUGGACCAGCUUCAAGCGUCAGGAAGGUAUCGAGGAAGAGCUUCAAACGCACAACAAAGGAAAGGAAGGUUUUCUCGAGCGGCGCGAUUUCCUGGAGCGAACAGAUUUGCGCCAGUUUGAGAUUGAGAAAUCGUUCCGACAAACGAAGCGAAGCAACCGAUAAUGCAAAUCAUGGGAAGUGUGCAUUUAAUUCCAGCUUCGAUCAAAAAUGUAUUGCUGAUGUAGCUUACAUUAAUAUUACUUAAGGUAUAAAGUGUCCAAACGGAAACAAACUAAAACUACACGUAUAAGUGGUAACAGUAACCGAUUGGAGGGAGGCCCUGAGGAAGGUAUAUCUGAAAACGGGGCCUGCCCCUCACAUGACAAGUGGUAUCAACAUUUCCUAUCAUAUUUUUUCCUAUCCAGCAACGCAGUAAAAUUAAGACUAGCAAGCCAGAAAUAGUAGACCUAGUCGGUCGUUACGCAUAGAAGAAGAACCCAUUUGUAUCUGACUAUCCUUAAUAAAUAAAAGUAAGCCUUAUCAUUUAUACUGAAUCCACAAUCCGCAGCAUUAUGUAAUUACAAACAAGCUGACCAAUAAAACUGCUAUAGUAGUUAAAGCUUCGA